AUGUUGACCAAAAUACUUACGGUGGUUCUUCUGGCAACGAUCACAAUGGCGAGUCCAGCAAUGUCGUACAGGCUUCAGAUUAACGUUUCAAAUCAAUUGAGUAGAGGUCGGAAGAUCACGGUGCGAUGCGAGUCUAAAGAUGACGACUUGGGCUCCCGUCGCUUGGUCAGCGGCGAUGUGUAUAGUUGGAGUUUUUCGCGCAACAUUUUCGGCACGACGCUUUUCUGGUGUGAUGUGGCCACCGCACGCAGCAAAAAGCAUCUCUCUUUCAAUGCAUACGACGAAAGCCAAAGAAAGAAAGGGAUGCCCAAGCUUCAUGAACUUACCUGGGAGAUCAAGGACGACGGUCUUUAUUUUGCUGGUUUUCCCAUUCCAAUUGCACCAUGGGUCUCGCAGUAA